UAAAAAAAUUUUUUCGUAAGGCUACAGCUGAUGACGACACAGUCCUGACGUCAGCCUCGCGGCUGUCACGUCUCCUGGCGAUCUCGACGGAUCUUGGUCCGAGGCACGGGCCGCCCUCUCUAUAGUUCCUACAGGAACUCUAGCCCUCUCUCGCAACUCGCGGAUCAGAGCUACAUGCCGUGUCCGGCCGCGGGUGGAUCCUAAAAUCAUCGUCACGGCUGCGUUUCUCCUUCACAAACGACGUUAAACAUGAGUCACGGCGUUCGUUCCUGCAUUCGGAGGCACCGUCGAGCAGCAACGAUCGUCCACAACAACAACUACACGGGUGUGUCUACUAACGAGCCGAUCAAGUGUGUCAGUCGCUUCGGCCAGGGUCAAGUAUGUCAACCCUCUCGUGGACGCUAGGUACCGGCGUGGAUCCACGUCGAGGGACCGCCACGAGUAUGUCAGCGGGAAAUUCCCAGGAUAAGAUCAUCGCCUGCAACGGCGGGGACGAUGUUGUGCCGGUGAUUACGCAGCCCACCACCAGGGGCGGCCUCAGGGUCUACAAGAUCGUGGUGCUGGGCGACGGUGGGGUCGGCAAAUCAGCUGUCACUCUGCAGUUUGUCAGUCACAGGUUCCUCAACUAUCAUGAUCCCACUAUAGAGGACUCAUAUCAGAAACAGGCUGUUAUCGACGGCGAGGCGGCUCUCCUGGAUAUCCUGGACACAGCUGGACAGGUUCGAGAUUCUUAUGUGGAAUUUACGGCAAUGCGCGAACAAUACAUGAGAUGCGGCGAAGGUUUCAUGAUAUGUUACUCGGUGACGGAUAGACAUAGCUUCCAGGAGACAAUGGAGUAUAGGAAAUUGAUAUCGCGUGUCCGCGCAAACGAGGACAUUCCUCUAGUACUAGUCGGCAAUAAGUGUGAUCUACAACAACAGCGGAAGGUGACCACGGAGGAAGGCAAGGCACUUGCGGAGGAGCUCGGCUGUCCGUUUUACGAAACAUCCGCCGCGCUUCGACAAUUCGUGGACGACGCCUUUUUCUCUCUGGUUAGGCAGAUACGCGCCAAAGAGAGAUCCCGCAACUUGCAUCGCAAGCGCAGCCGUUGGUGGCGAAUCCGCUCGAUAUUCGCUUUCAUCUUUCGACGGAAGCAGAGGCACGCUUUGCAUUAUUCACCCUAAACACAAACCAGCAAAGUUUCGAUAACAAGAUCUAUUAGUGAGACUGUUGAACCAAUAGACGAUAUAGACCAAAAUAGUAAAAUGACGAGAGUAAGCGCCGAUCACAACGAAAAGUAGAUAUUACAGAUUUUUUUUUUCACAUACCAUAUAUAUGUAUACAUAUAUAUGGAUUCCCUCGUUUAUAGAGACUGACAAUUCGUUAACAUCUCACUGCCUUAUAUCGUUGACCCCUUCCUAAUACAGCAGAGUAAUGAAAUUGCAAAACGGAGAACAGAGAGAGACUGGAAUAAUGCAUACUUGUAUUUAUUUUAGAUCUGCGAUCUCUGAUUAAUCCAUUAUUCACGCCCACAUAAUGCUCAAUACGAGAGAAACAUGAAACAAUAUUAAUUGUUAACUUUCCGCAGACUUACUUCCAGUUUUCUAAGAUUUCUUCCACAAUUUUAAUUCAAUUAAAUUGAUAAUUCAAAUUUAUUCUCACGAAGAUUAAGUGGCGAUAAAUAAAGAUAAACGCGGAGCCUAAAGCGAAACAUUCAAUUAAUUUUGGAAACAACGUCUUCAGCGAAUCAUUUUUUGGUAGUUGAUGUUUAGAUUCUAGUUUACCAUUAAAGUAGCUGAUCAUGUGACCAAAGAGAAAUAUAUAAAGCGUAUAUACGUUAAGAAGAUUCUUAGCAAUACAAAAGAAGGAGGAAACAAGAUAUUAUAUAAGAGUUUUACAAUGCAGAUUGUUGCAGUUUUAAUUAUUAACAUA